CCAGUUGUCAGUUCUCUACCUAACGACGAACAUGUUUCUUGUGUUUGUGACACUUUUGCUCUGCGUACUCUCUGGUGGACUGGGUAACCAAAUAUCGCUCGAUUUGUGCCAACGAAACAUCACAGAGGUUCGCAAGAAUGCAAAUGUUCUGGAAAGUGUUACGUCCUCUACCAUUGCUAUCGCCUUGUGCAAUAAUAACAUCACCAAAGUGGAUUCGGGCGCGUUUCAAACAUACGAAGCACUGGAGAUGCUGAAUUUCAACGCCAAUCCAGAGUUACAGUUCCCAUCGGAUGGGUCUCAAUUUCUUAGCUCGCAAAGUCUGAUGCGUUUGGAUUGCGUAGAAUGCGGUAUCAUCAAAAUCUACAAAGAUACACUCAAGGGCAUGUCAAAUCUCAGGCAAAUCUAUCUAAGCGAAAACAUGAUCGAGAUGAUCGAAGACGAAGCCUUUCGGGCGAACCGUGCUCUCCAGGAGGUAGAUCUCCGUGGAAAUAAAUUGACCCGUGUUCCCGGAGGAAUAUUCCUAGGGCUUCAGAGUUUACACCGUGUCGAUUUAGAUUCCAAUUCAUUGCUUGCGCCCCACCAAGAUCAACCAUUUCUAACGAAUGAUUAUUUGAAAGUGCUGAGCUGCAAUGAAUGUGGUUUCGAGGUCAUUUACGAGCGUACGUUCGCCGGACUACCCCGGCUUGAGGAGCUCUAUCUCCGACAAAAUAACAUUAGGGAAGUUCAAAAUACUGCACUUAUUUCCAAUGAAUAUCUCAAUACAUUGAUGUUGCAGGAUAAUAAUAUCGAAAGCUUAAGUUUGAAACUGACCAAAAUACCGAUAUUGAGUUUGGGAGGUAACUGUAUCAAAUUCGAUUGCUCCAGACCUGAUCGUGCCUAUUUAAUGCGCAUGAGUGGAGUUCAAUGUAUCGAUGAAACCCCAAUACGUGUAACUGAAACGUAUGUUUUCAACAGAGAUCCAACGUUGUUGGAGGAAAUCCCUCCAAAUGAACCGAAGUUAGUGCAUUCACAGCAAAAUUCUGCGGUAACGAAAACCACCACAGAAACCGAGAUCGUCAUCGGAAUUUCCGAUUGGUACAUAACGAGCUAUUUAACGAUCAUUUAUUUGGCAUGCAGCGGUGUGUUGAUAUUUUUACUAUGCGUUCUGUGGAAAAUGGAGAAAUAUGACUCAGAUCCGGGAGUCAAUUUUUACGCAGAAGGUGUUCUAAACCCCAGUCCCAUCUACAAACCGAUUCAAUGAGUUAUUUUUAAUGGGUUCCGAUGACUGUUUAGCUUUAGUAAUCAUACUUUCACGAACGAAGACAUGUGAUAAGCGACUUGACAUGAUAUUAAAUAAAGCAAGAUAAGCGCUGGUCGACGGUAGAGGUGAGUGUUGUUGUUAAUCGAUAUCACCUUUCGAUAAUGGGGGUUUAUAUUGUUUAUAUUGUUCAAAGUACUCCAAAGGGUGUUUCAAUGGCUUAACAAUGUAUGAUUUCUUCAAUUCUACCACGCAACUAAUUGUAAGCCUGCAACGGAAUUAUACAUUUUUUCAGUGAUGCAGAAAAAGGGGGGAUGAGUAACAAAACAAGCGAUGUUCACAGCAUCGAAUGGCUGAAAAUUUGCUUCAUCAGAGAUCCUUCUUUCAUACACUAGCGCAAAUAUUUCCCUCCCGCCAUCACCCUUCCUUGUUUGUAUUAUCACGGCUGCAUAAGUUGCACCACCAAACAAUCGUCCAACUUAGCAUCAAAAAGUCUGUUGGAUUGUUGGAUCGCGCACGAGAGCAGAUAUAAAUGGGGUUUUAGCGUAACAAAGAUGUGAUAUUUGUACGUACGGGUUAAGAAGAACACAC